AUGGCAAGGAGAAGAGCUAAAAAUUCAGGUUCAAGGCAGCCGGCUAGCGCUCGUCAGGCGGCUGAAGACGCUUAUGGUAUGACUGAAGUCGAUGAGUUCGCUAGCAAGAAGGAUAAAUUGCUUUUUGAGCAGUCAACUCUGGCCGGCGACGAUGAUCAAAACGGGUUUGAUAAUCCUUACGAGGAAGAAGAAGAAGUUCUGGCGAUGAGCAAUGAAUCAUCUUCCGAGGAGGAUGAGGAGGAGGAGGAGGAGCUCGAUGGAGAGCGAGCUUAUCGGAAAGUUUUUGGAAGAAAGCUGAAUUUGCGGGAAGAAGCUGGCGAGGACGAAGCGGAAUCCAUGUUGGAUAACGAUGGUGCCUGGGGUACUAGCAAAGGUGAUUACUACGGUGCUGAUGACAUUGAAGAUGAAGAGACCGCUAAGGAAGUGGAGAAAGAAGCUUUGCGCCAAAAGAAGAAACAUCUUGAAGAGCUAAAUAUGAACGAUUACCUGGAUGAGGAAUUAGACGAAGACUGGGCGAAGAGUGCGAGGGAAGCCGAUGUCGGCGAGUUUAAAGAAGUUACUAAGCAGAGUCAAAAAGUUGCGUCGAUCGAGGAUCUACGAAAUAUGGAUGGAGAGGCGAAGAGAGAGUACAUAAAGGCGCUGUUCCCCGAAUUUGUGCCCUUAAGCAAAGAACUUUCGAAACUGUCUGUCGUGCUAGAGGAACUGAGGAGCCAAGAAGAAUCAGAAGUAAUAUCAUUGAAAAUUUGCGCUCUUUCUAGUUACUUGGGCACACUUUCGUCGUAUUUUGGAAUCUUACUUCAUGAGUUAGACAAUAAUGAUAACUUCAGUACUAUGCGGGAUCAUCCUAUAAUGGAAACGAUAUUGACCUCGAAGGAGGUGUGGAGACAGGCCAGCGCUCUGACUGACCAAUCUGAAAAGAUGGAUGAAGAGCAGCAACAUGGCGAAAACGAGUUGACGGACGAGGAGUCGAAGGAGUUUGACGUAAACCAUCUUGGGAAGAUCAAUGGCGAAACUGGAUCUGACAAUGGCGACGAGGAGCCAAUAUCUGAUGAGGAAAAUCGGGAACAGGACGAAAAUGAAGAUGAAGACGACGAGGAAGAUGACGAGGAAGACGUGGACUUGGAUGACUUCGAAGAAUACGUAAAACAAUCUCGUGUGCCUUCGAGGAAGAACAAUAACAAGGAUGGUUCUCAUAUUGUCGAUGAUGCGGACGACUAUUUGGAGGGCCAAAUGGCUGACGUGGAUUCUCAAGAGAAGAGGGCUCGUAGGAGAACGCUGCGAUUCUACACUUCCAAGAUAGAUCAAAGUGAGAACAAAAAGACUGAGAGGUACAAGGGUGACGACGAUAUACCUUACAAGGAGCGCCUAUUUGAAAGGCAGCAGAGGCUGCUGGAAGAAGCACGUAAGCGUGGCCAGCAGGGUCCCAGCAAUGCUGAUUUGGAUGCAAAGGACUAUGAUUCAAGCGACGAGGCAACUUCUAAAGCUAUGAACAAGGAAUCUGAAGAGGACUUUUUCGAAAUGACCCGCAGACAAAAGCAGAGCAAAAAGGAUGCACGUAAGCAGGCACAUAAGGAUGCUGUUAAAGCAGCCAGAGACGGUAAACUGGCUGAAUUAGCUGAAGAAUUAGGUGAAGACGGCAAGCGUGCAAUAAAUUACCAGAUACUGAAGAACAAGGGUCUGACGCCAAAGAGAAAGAAAGAUAAUAGAAACUCCAGAGUUAAGAAGAGAAAGAAGUUCGAGAAAGCUCAGAAAAAACUCAAGUCCAUACGGGCCGUUUAUUCUGGUGGUCAAUCUGGCGUUUACGAGGGUGAGAAGACUGGUAUUAAGAAAAACUUGAUCAAAUCGGUAAAAUUCACAAAUUAA